AUGAGUGCCUGGGAGACCGAGGACGAGUAUGCUAUCGCUGCUCAAGCGUCCCUUCCUACUCCGGCGGAUACACCUUACAGAACGCCAUCUCGUGGAUCGCGCCGCUCAUCUCGCCAAAAAUCAAAAUCUCCAGGCCCAUCAUCGUCUCCCCUUCCGCUGCCUAGUGGCGACCGGCAGGGAUCCAAUGACGUUACCAAUGAUGAGAGUAUUUCGAUACUCGAUCCGCGACGAUUUACUCCGACUCUUCACGCCAAUCUAGUCUCCGAAAUUCUAGCACUGCGGAGGGACCAGGAGGAGAAUGUCCGAAUUGUCGAAAAUCUGGAGGCGGACCUGCAUAAUGCCCGGGGCGAGCAUGAAGUAUUGGAAGCGAGCCUGGCAGAAACGUCGAAGGAGAACAGAGCUCUGAAACGAGAGUUGGCUUUGCUUGAAGGGGGGACGUCCACAGCGAUUACAGAUAUCGCUAGGGAGCGUGAUAACGCUGUUGAGUCAAGUGUUGAGAGUAAGCGGCGAAUCGAGAGUUUGCAGAAGAAGAUGCGUAGCCAGAAGGAAGACUCGGACCGCGCGCAUGCUCUAUGGGCAAGGGACAGAGACAUGUGGGAGGAAGAAAGGAGAACACUGGAACGCAAGGCUCACGUGGCCGAGACGCGACUGAAGACUGUCUUGGAUGAAGUCGCCACGUACCAGGCUCAAAUUAUCGGCCAUGUUCAACAUGAAAGUGAGGAGGGAUCGAGGGAUCCUGUAAAUGGCCAUGGAAGUGAUGCUACAAGCAUCCGGACGAUGAGCAUAACGAACAGCAUCCGCUUCUCCAUGUUGAAUGGGCCAAACGGAUACGGAGGUGCCAAAAUCAACGGUGUGAGCUUGGCUGACGAGCUGGGCUUGGAUGAGGAAGACGAUGACACAGAUCAUGAGGGCCGCGAAAGCGCCCUCUCACUCAGACAUGAAAGGAACCACAGUCGAGAGGGCAUUUUGUCCAAAGGUCACCGCCGGGACCAGAGCUUGGAAAGCCUCGCGCGAUCUGGUAGUGUUGCCAAAAGAAUCCUGGCUCAGCAAGCAGUACUAGAGAGACUUGAAGGUGGAAUCAUGGAAGAUGACGAAACGGGACUGGUACCUGUUAAGAAGGAGUAUUCUGACGCUAGUGUUCAAUGCUCUCCUCCCCCUUCGCCCCAGCUUUCAGCGGUUGAGCUUGUGUCUGUCACCGAAAUCUUGCCAGUAAACGGUAGUGGAGCUGUGAGGAUCGAGCAAUUGCCAGAGGCUGUCCCUCGGGAAUGUGAGAUUGAGGCGAAUCAGAGACGAAAGCGUGUUCAUGCGACUCCUGCAUUGGUGAUUGACACUCCAGAAACUACUAUAAUGGUUUCUUCAGCAUCGCAAACUCAGGAGCAUCCUCUCAGUCCUCCCCGGACCCCUAUAUCACCCACCAGAGCACCACCACCUCCGCCGGUAGUAGUACCGGUACGGGAAAUGACCUCCAUCUCAACACAAACAGACGUUCCCGAAAUACAAUCACCACCGUCCCUCAGACGUGCCUCCCCGCCGCUGCCACCUAUUGAAAUCCCGUCCAUUCAGUUGCAUCCGCCGAACUCAACUCCUGGCACACCGCAUGAACCGCUGCUUCCUCAGCACUCUAAGGAUGCCGGGUGCCAGGUUGCUAUGCAGGUACCCAUCCCUACCCGAUCCAUUUCGGUGCAAACAGAAGAAAUCCGAGUAGCACGGCGCAUGAAUCUACUGCCGACUCACCUCCAACCAUGUUCAAUCUCCUCAAAUCCCCCUUCACCUGAACCAGAUGAGGAUUCUCCCAGGAAUCGCUUCUCUUCUGUCCCAGAGAACCUCCCACCCAGGAAUCCUCUUCGCAAGCUGGGUCGUCCGAGUUUGGAACAGGAAAUUCCAUCCUCGCCACCCCUCCCAGCAGAGACUCGGGAUGUGUAUCCGGGGAAUAAUGACGAUGGGCCGCUGCCAAUGAGAAGACCACGCCGGAUCAGUAGCUUGUUCGCUGGAUUCGAGAAUGUGAGUUCUGACGAUGGUGAUGAAUUCGCGGAUGCCGACUUAAGCGACAAUGACUACAGGACCGCCUUGUCUGCACCAAGGCACAAGGCGGGUGUCCACAGACUCAGCAAACGUGUCUCGUCCAUACCUACUGUGACGGGGUCUGAGACUGUAGAUCAGGCAGAAGUCUCUAGACCCUUCAGAGGAAAUGACCCUCAUCAUAUUGCAAACGAACGCGAUGGCGAAUCAUCGUUUCCAAAAGUACAGGAGUUACCGUCAAGAACCACGAAGGCUUCGGUGCGGCAAAUUGACAAGCCACUAGCUUUAGUCGCAAACAACAAGUCAACUACAAUGCGCCGAGCUGCCCUUAUACAAAGUGGUGUCUUUGCUCAUCAAGGGCGCUCUAGAAGUCCAAGUCUUCCUGAAGAAGCUAUCACAGCACCACCAUUUCCAAUUCCCACUAGAGCGAGUUCUAGGCGAACUCCAAUCAGUACCAGUGCUCCCAGUGACGGGAGCAGAAGUCCAACUUGGGGGCGAGGAUCUGGAUCCAGCAGGGGAGGUCAUUAUCGCGCGAACAGUAUCCGAAAGGUCAGAUCUGCCGCUGCUCUCCCUGGAGGUCGUGGAAGUCAUCGACGACAAGACAGUCAAUCAUCUCCGCCAAUGUCGGCAUCGACGGAAGCUCCUGAAAGCCCUCGUCUUCCCCCAAUGCCGAGCAACGAUGUCACUACCCCUCAGUACAUGCGAGAUAGGGGCAGCAGUCGACAACGCGCUCAUCGAAGACAACAGCCAUCGAUAAACACGGCCAUAACCACUAAUACCAUCAACACCUGUACUGCGUCUGUUGCCACCACAAGCAACGCUACAAGCGUUGUCGAUGCGAUUGCACAGACAAUGGUGGGCGAGUGGAUGUUCAAAUACGUUAGACGGCGAAAGUCGUUUGGUGUAUCCGAGCCAGCUGGUUUUGAGGGUGAAAAUACCACUGGAGUCCGUCACAAGCGCUGGGUCUGGCUCGCUCCUUACGAGAGAGCCGUGAUGUGGAGUAGUAAGCAGCCUACUUCUGGGUCGGCCUUGAUGGGCAAGACUGGACGAAAGCUGACUAUCCAAUCCGUCCUGGAUGUAAAAGAUGACAACGCACCACCUAGGGGGUCGGCGCCACUGUUUAACAGAUCUGUCCUCAUCUUGACCCCAGCCCGUGCCCUCAAGUUCACAGCAACUACACCAGAACGGCACUACAUCUGGCUUACGGCUCUCUCCUUCCUCGCUCACUCUGCUCAAGCGAUUCCCGAGAUAGUCCAAUCGCCACUUCCGCUUCCACGCUCGGCUGGACCCGAAUCUGAGAUGCCUGCGCAGAACGACAGGCUCACCAAGGGUGGAAUCAGAGACUCCAUUCGGGUCGCCAAAAGCAAGAAAACAGUGGUCGCCCAGUAUGGUCCAACCAGCGUGCACUCGUCUCACCGCGACAACAGCUUCCGAGAAACAGAGUCCAUCUACUCACACAGUGACCCAAUACAACCUGAGGUCUCCGCUGAACCACCUGUCGUACUUCGCUUCUCGGAAAGAGGACAAGGAAGAGGAGGAGGAGGAGGAGUAUUCAACUUCCCGUCUGUUCCGACCCACAGUAGGAAGCGCAGCAACACUGGUGGUCGAAUUCCACCACCCCUUUCCUUCCGGGGAUUCUCGGGCCCAACCAGCAGCCACGAAGCUCAAUCCAUCACAACCAGCAUGAGCGUUGCCAUACCCGGCUCAGCCGACAUUUUCCCAUCCCAGACGUCAAGCUUAGCCGGAGGCCAGGCCCACACGAGCGCCAGCGGCCGAUCUUCUUCCGCCCGCACCUCAGACGCCAGCAGCCGACCUGGCGCCGUCGUGAACAACUUCUUCGACGCCGUCGGCACCAUGCGCAUGGAGGCCUUCAUCAGCCCCAUGGCGCUGAGCCGCUUCGACGACUUCCCCGACGAGCAGGACGAGAUGGACAUGGCGAUCCCCUGCCGCCGCCGCCGGCGCAGCAGCGACAUCAAGGGGCGGAGACGGUUGAGCAGGAACACGGAUAGCAUCUACUCGGCCAAGGGGGGGCGUCCGAGCGACGAAUUCGACGGCGGCGGUGGCGGGAUCGGGCACAAGACGGCCGGGGAAGAGGACUAUGGUCAUUUUGAUGGCGGGUUUGGAAUCGAUCCCUUUCGAGGGUUCUGA